AUCAAAUCAUAGUCGAGGAAAUCAAUACAUAUAAGUAAUUGAAACGGCGAUAAAUAACGGAUAGUUUUUAAGUACUAGUUUACUGAAAGAACCUAAAAAGACCCCCUUACAUAUACUAUUAGGAUAGCUAAUUAUGCAGAAUUUUCCCCUGGAAUUCCUUGGAACACAGAGACAACUAUAUAUGACCAGUGUGCUAGUUUCGCAUAUCUUACUGCACUUUGCCAGAGGAGAGACCAAUGUUUCACAGAGCAACCAACCGUUCCAAAUUCGAGUUGGUUACAAUGGGAACUGUACUUCGAGUGACGAAUGCGCCAGAGGAUUUCGAUGCAUUGAGAUGAAAUGCUCCUGUUUAGACACAGACACUUACUUUGAUGGUCAGGAAGGGUGCAAAAAAAAAAAACAAUACAAUUCUUCGUGUGAACAUGACAUGCAGUGCUUUGAGGGUCUUGUAUGCAAAGGUUCUGCAUGUGUUUGCAAAAUAAACAACACAAACUUUGUGCAUACGGAGAAAACGUAUGGCUGCACACACAAGAAACCUUUGGGGUUUUCGUGCGACGUAGCUGAGGAUUGUGUUGAUGAUCUUGUUUGUUUAAAUGAAUCAUGCACUUGCAGCUUGAAUGAUACAUCCAUCCUUUGUGUCCAGGCAAAAUCGACUACUGUAACGAGCGAUCAAAUUACACAAAACAAUGUGGGCGUUGGCACAAUACUAGUCACUAAAGCGUCAAAAGAAAAUGCUACAUGGCAUUACCUUAGUAAUCUGUACACAAUAAAGAGGGCCUCACCUACAAUUACUAUUUCAAAACCAACAACAGAACUUCCAGAAUCUAGUGCGACCACCACUAAACCAUCUUCAGUGAUUGCCGAAACUGCAAAUUUAGAAACUACAACAAAUGAUGCAACAACGAACAAUAGGGAAACAGAAGAUGGUCUGGUAAAACAAUCAACGAGGCGAACGCCUACCAUCAUUCUUAGCCCUUCAACAUCUCCAAGCUUCACAACAAUAGCACAAGAAAUAAACGUUACAGCAAAUUCAUCACAAGCAGAAGACAAAAUGGAUUAUUUCAGAUAUGUGUAUAUAGUGUCGGGAGCCUUAGUCUUGUGUCUGGUUUUGGUUGUGGCUGUGAUAAUGAGCUUAAGGAUGAAGAAACAGCGGGCGAUAAAGUCUCGAAGAAAAAGUUUUGAGAGUGUCGUCAGUCGCCAUGAAUAUGGCUAUAUAUCAGAAAUGAAAGAAGCCAAAUCGCGACAAAACAGCAAAAUACCUGUUGCAGAGUUUUCAUCGUAUCUGAAAUUGGCUAGUGAGUACAAUAUGCUAGAAAAUAUUUUCGAGGAGAUUAAAAGUUCCAGUCAGAUUUAUUCUUCUGAAAUAGCAACAAAGCAGAGAGAACUUUUCAGCGACAUCCAGGCUUAUGACCGAAGUCGAGUAAUUUUAAUGAAAACUUAUGAGAACGAAUCGGAUUACAUCAAUGUAAGUUUUAUACCCGGGAUAGAGUCUGACAGAGAGUACAUAGCUGCUGCUGACCCAAUCCUUUCAUUCGGUCUGUUCAACUUCUGGAGGAUGGUCUGGGAACAGGAUGUGCAACUCAUUGUUACUCUUUGUGACGGAAACGGAAAAUCAAGGAAUGGUCUGUGCAGUAAAACAUCGAAAUGGUUUGGAUCUCUGCUUGUCCAAGAACAGUCUAAAUCCUUGUUCAAAACUCGAAUGUCAAGGGAGAUUUUAAUCGCUAACGAUAACGGAGAAACUAAGACGGUUACAGAGUUUCAGUUUUUCAUCCGAACAUCAGCAAAUGUAAUGUCAGCAACAGCCGAGUUUGUGGAUUUUCUCAUGGCGGUGCGGUCUUUCAGAGAAUGUCUCAAGAAAUUUAACGCGCCUUUGCUGGUUCACUGCAGCGAUGGAAGUGGACUUACAGGUGUUUUUAUCGCCCUUGAUUUGCUUCUACGCCAAGUUUUGAGUAAAAACUCCAUUGACAUCCGUGAUGUUGUGCUAUCUCUCAGAAAUAACAGACCACAGAUGGUCAGGACCCUGGAACAAUUCAGAUUUAUUCACAAUUGUCUGGAUAAAUAUCUUGCUAAUCUCCGUUCGGAAUCCCUCAACAAUGACCAUUCGUACGAGAGGCUUACAAAUGGCAGAGAAUUUUAAAAAAUAUCGGGAAUACGUUCAUGUUUCAAUUCUGUGUAUUAUCAAGCUCACUGAUUUAUUGUCAAUAGUAAUGGUGAAAGUUGGUUAUUCUUUUAUUUUUAGUAGCAUAUAGUAAGGUAUACGAUUAAUUGUAUAAAACUG